AUGCCCACGAAGAGAACACCAGUGAAAAACGACAGUGCAGCUGCAGAAGUUGCUAGCAGCAUCGAAGCUUUGUCUGCGCUCCGCGGGGCAGCGCAAGGAAAAAUAACGAGGAUCAUGCAUCUCCUUCAACAAGCAGAAGUGGAGCAAAAGGAAAUUUCCAGUCAACAAGUCAAAGUGUGGAUGAAACGAGUUGAAGCAGCGAAUAACGACUUUGACGGUUAUCAUCAGCAAAUAGUGAGUGGAAGUCCAGCGUUGGAGCAAGAAGAAAUUGAUAAUCGUUAUGUGCAGUUUGAGGAAAUUUACAACGAAGUGACAGUGAAAUUAGAAAUGUUGCUAGAGCGACAAGCACAACCGGCUGCUUCACAACCCAUUAUGAAUCCGCCGCCAUUAGUGAUUCAGCAAUCGCUCCCACGUGCCAUACCAACAUUCGACGGCAGAUAUGAGCACUGGGAGAAGUUUAAAAUAAUGUUCCGAGAUGUAGUGGAUCGAAGCAAUGAGCCUCCUCGCAUCAAGUUGUAUCAUCUAGAGAAGGCUCUAGUGGGAGACGCUGCCAAACUGAUUGACGCCAGGACGCUAAACGAAGGAAACUACGACAGAGCCUGGCAACUGCUAGAGGAGAGAUACGAGAACAAGCGGCGAAUGAUCGAUUUGCAUAUUCGCGGGUUGUUAAGCAUGCAAAAAAUAGUGAAAGAAAAUUACAAUGAGCUGCAAAAAUUAGUUGAAACAUUCAGCAACCAUGUGGAGAAUUUAAAGUUCCUUGGACAGGAAUUUACUGGUGUUUCAGAGCAAAUUGCUGUUUAUUUGUUAGCACAAUCCAUUGAUGGCGAGACGAAGAAACUUUGGGAGGCUACCAUACGGCGAGGUGAACUACCAAAUUUUGACCUAACUGUCCAAUUCCUGAAAGAACGGGUGUCAAUUUUGGAGAGAUGCCAGACAACCAACGAAGUGGCAUCCAAACAUCAGCGUGCGUCUUCUAAACCAUCCUGGGGAGGACAAUCGAUUCAGCGAUCCAACGCAGCAAUCGCGCCUGCAGUGCAACAAAGUCAAUGUGAUUUCUGCAGUAACAGCCACCCAUCUUACAAGUGUCCGGAAUUCUGCAGUUCAUCAUUGGAUCAACGUCUGCUGAAGGUGAAGGAGAGAAACUGCUGUUUCAACUGUCUACGUCGAGGUCAUCGAGUACUAGAGUGCCCAUCGAAACGAACGUGCUUCAAGUGUCAACGGAAGCAUCACACCUUGCUUCAUAACGAUGAAGCUGUACAAAACAGCAAUGUCGAAAAGAGGCAACUUUCCCAAACCAGUGUCGCAGUGGAGUCAACAACAACCUUUGAAGAAAAUGCUGCAGUCCAGUCCACAGUAACAUCAGCCCUUUCUAAUACACGGUCGAACCCAAUCAGCCAAGUGGUGUUGUACACUGCUUUAGUCAAAGUUUUAGAUAGAGAUCAGCAAAUACAUCAAUGCCGUGCCCUGUUGGAUUGUGGCUCUCAGAUGAGUUUCAUUUCGCAAUCACUACAAAAUAGGUUGAAUCUUAACAUAAAAGAAGUGAAUGUUCCCAUAGCUGGAAUCGGCAAUAUGAGGUCGCUUGUGAAGCAGAAGUGUUCUGUUCAAAUUCGAUCACAUUGCACUAAUUUUGAGUUCAAUUUGGAUUGUCUUAUCACGCCAAAGGUUACCGGUAACAUCCCGGCUAUUCAUUUCACAACUGAGAAUUGGAACAUACCAUCAGGCAUUAAAUUAGCAGAUCCCUACUUUAAUAAAUCAGAUAAUAUAGACCUACUUAUCGGAAUGGAUUGGUUCCAUGAUUUGAUGAAACCAGGCUGUCUUAGACUAGCGGAAAACCUACCCAGUCUUCAAGACUCACAAUUAGGAUGGCUAGUGGGUGGUCGAUAUAAUGAUUACAAUCACAACAUAACAACACUGCAAGCUCUUACUCUUACAGCAGGCCACUUUCGGGACGAAAAUGUGCCGGUGAGCACUGUUUAUCGGAUCCUGGCAUCCCGGAACGUCGAGUGGAAGACCGGUAGUGGCCGUCCAGCGAAGUUUAUGACGAAAAAGGAGAAGGGAUCUCUGAAAAAGGUGUUCGACAACAAGGUCCCCACCCCGAGAGGAUUUGCCAUCAACCAGAAGGUGUACCAGAAGGAGUACCUGGAGAAGAUUCUAGUUGCGUUCUUAGAGGAGCAUCAUUCUGAUGGGAAGUAA